GCCCCCACCCAACCAUGACCCAGAGCCACCGACCCUCCCACCCUGCCCUGGCCCUUGUCUUGCUGGCCACGCUGCUGGGCGGUGCAGCAUGGGCUUCGGAGAUUGUGGGCGGGCGGGCAGCUCAGCCCCACUCUCGGCCCUACAUGGCGUCACUGCAGAUGCUGAAUGCCCACUUCUGUGGAGGCACCUUGAUCCACCCGAGUUUCGUGCUGACCGCUGCUCACUGCCUGGCAAACAUGCCCAUGGCCCUGGUGAAGGUGGUGCUCGGGGCCCACAACCUGCGGAACGCCGAGCCCAGCCAACAGAAGUUCUCCAUCACUCGCCAGUUUUCCAACAACUAUGACCCAGAGGGUAUUCGCAAUGACAUUCUCCUACUGCAGCUGGACCGCCCUGCCAACCUCACCGCCCAGGUGGCAGUGGCGAAGCUCCCGGAGCAAGGCCAGCUGCUGCCCCACGGCACCCAGUGCCUGGCCAUGGGCUGGGGCCGCCUGGGCACCAUGGAACCAGUGCCCCAAGUCCUUCAGGAGCUGAACGUCACCGUCGUCACCUUCCUGUGUCGGCCAGAGAAUGUGUGCACCUUCGUUCCCCGGCGCAAAGCUGGCAUCUGCUUUGGGGACUCCGGCGGCCCCUUGAUCUGCGACGGCAUCCUCCAGGCCGUGGACUCCUUCCUCGUUCGGGAGUGUGCCAACCGCCAGUACCCCGACUUCUACGCCCGCGUUGCCCUCUAUGUGGACUGGAUUCAGUCUGUGCUGAGAAGUGUGGGGGGCGAGGGCCGCUCCUGAGCCCCUUCCCCCGGGUCCCCCCACGGGCUGAGGACAGAGAACAAGCCCUAAUGGGGGAAGGGAGCUGGUGCCCAGCCUCACGGUGACGUCAAUAAAAACUGAAACCCUC